UGAAAACACUCCAAUAGUCUCUUCUUCUUCCUCUGUCUCUCUCUCUCUCUCUCUCUCUCUCUCUCUGUCGUAAUGGCAAUGUUGAGUUUGGUUUUAUUUGUACUUACCAUUCUUGCAACGUCUGAAGCAAGAAUCCCUGGAGUUUACAAUGGUGGUGGUUGGGAAACUGCUCAUGCCACUUUCUAUGGUGGCUCUGAUGCUUCUGGCACCAUGGGAGGAGCUUGUGGUUAUGGUAACUUAUACAGCCAAGGCUACGGUGUGAACACAGCGGCUCUAAGUACGGCUCUGUUCAACAAUGGUUUUAGCUGCGGCGCUUGUUUUGAGCUCAAAUGCGCGAGUGAUCCACGGUGGUGCCAUUCUGGUAGCCCUUCAAUCUUCGUCACCGCUACCAAUUUCUGUCCUCCAAACUUCGCUCAGCCUAGUGAUAAUGGCGGCUGGUGUAACCCUCCUAGACCUCACUUCGAUCUCGCUAUGCCUAUGUUCCUUAAGAUCGCUGAGUAUCGUGCCGGAAUCGUCCCCGUCUCUUUCCGCCGAGUCCCAUGCCGGAAGAGAGGUGGUAUAAGGUUCACGAUCAACGGUUUCCGUUACUUCAACUUGGUUCUAGUCACGAACGUAGCCGGAGCCGGGAACAUUGUGCGGUUAGGUGUGAAAGGAACCCAUACUUCGUGGAUGAGCAUGAGCCGUAACUGGGGACAAAACUGGCAGUCUAACUCGGUUUUGGUUGGUCAGUCGCUUUCGUUUAGAGUCACGAGCAGUGACCGUCGAAGCUCGACGUCUUGGAACAUUGCUCCGGCGAAUUGGCAGUUCGGUCAGACUUUCAUGGGAAAGAACUUCAGAGUCUGAACAAGGGCAAAAUCGGAAACUCCCUAUCUCUAUUUAUUAUUACUAUUAAAAUUUCUAGCCGAAGGCAUUUAGUAUAAUUUGAGAAAUUUUAAUAUAUAAAUAUUAUAUAUAUUUUUCUAAGAGACCACUAAAAUUCCAAUUCUUCUUACAUCUGAAUGGGGUUUUUUUGUUUUCUAAUUUUUUUGAUGUGUUCGUUGGAGAGUGUGAAAGUGGUGUUUUUUAUUAGCGUGUGGGGUGUUAAAUUUUAAUUAGUAAUCUUUUGGGGUGAAAGUAGAAAUUUGUUGAAAGUAGAAGGAGCUGUGAAGCAGAUGUGAAGAGUUCUGGUUUCAGCCUAUUAAUAGUAAAAAAGAAGCAGUAGAGCUAUGUUUGUAAUGCUUCUUGUAGACCUCUAAUAUUGUAAUUUAUAUAUAAAUGUGGGUAUGUUAUGGUUUAUUUUUCUUUA